GAACGGAAUGCCGAGAAUGCCAUUGAGGCUCUGAAGGAGUACGAACCUGAGAUGGGAAAGGUGUAUCGCAUGAACCGCAAGGCGGUCCAGAGGAUCAAAGCCAGAGACAUCGUCCCAGGAGAUAUAGUGGAGGUGGCAGUUGGUGACAAGGUGCCUGCUGACAUCAGAGUGACCUCGAUAAAGUCCACCACCCUGCGCGUGGACCAGUCCAUUCUCACAGGAGAGUCUGUGUCUGUCAUCAAACACACCGACCCUGUUCCUGACCCUCGAGCCGUCAACCAGGACAAAAAGAACAUGUUGUUUUCUGGCACAAACAUUGCUGCCGGUCGUGCCAUAGGUGUCGUCGUUGCUACGGGUGUCUCGACAGAGAUCGGGAAGAUCCGUAAUCAGAUGGCGUCAACGGAGCAAGAGAAGACACCGCUGCAGCAGAAGCUGGACGAGUUUGGCCAGCAGCUCUCAAAGGUCAUCUCCCUGAUCUGCGUGGCUGUGUGGGUCAUCAACAUCGGCCACUUCGGAGACCCGGUCCACGGGGGCUCCUGGGUUCGAGGGGCCAUCUAUUACUUUAAAAUUGCCGUGGCCCUGGCAGUGGCCGCCAUCCCCGAGGGCCUGCCGGCCGUCAUCACCACCUGCCUGGCCCUCGGCACGCGUCGCAUGGCCAAGAAGAACGCCAUCGUCCGGAGCCUGCCGUCUGUGGAGACCCUGGGCUGUACCUCCGUUAUCUGCUCUGACAAGACGGGCACCCUCACCACCAACCAGAUGUCUGUGUGCAGAAUGUUCAUCCUAGACAAGGUGGAGGACUCCAGCUGCACCCUGCACGAGUUCUCUAUAACUGGUUCUACGUAUGCCCCUGAGGGACAAAUACUCAAAGACAACAAGCCUGUCCAGUGUGGAGACUAUGAUGGACUUGUGGAGUUGGCCACCGUGUGCUCGAUGUGCAAUGAUUCUUCACUGGACUAUAACGAGGCCAAAGGGGUUUAUGAGAAGGUGGGCGAGGCCACAGAAACAGCUCUCACCACCUUGGUCGAGAAGAUGAAUGUCUUCAAGACGGAUCUGUCUGGACUCACCAAGGUGGAGCGUGCCGGUGCCUGCAACUCAGUUAUCAAACAGUUGAUGAAGAAGGAGUUCACCCUGGAGUUCUCUCGUGAUCGCAAGUCCAUGUCUGUCUACUGCACCCCUGUCAAGCCCGGGUCCCAGAGCAAGAUGUUCAUCAAGGGUGCGCCCGAGAGUGUGAUAGAGCGGUGCGAGUACGUACGGGUGGGAAACAGAAAAGUGACGCUGACACCAGCCGUGCGCGACCAGCUCAUGUCUAAGAUCAGAGAAUGGGGGACGGGCAAGGACACCCUGCGCUGCCUGGCGCUGGCUACGCACGAUACUCCGCCACGCAAGGAAAACAUGGAGCUGGAGAAUUCCAGCAAGUUUGCAGAAUAUGAGCUGGGGCUCACAUUUGUUGGCUGUGUGGGCAUGCUCGACCCACCCAGGAAGGAAGUGAUCGGUUCAGUGAAACUGUGCAACGAGGCAGGUAUCCGUGUUAUCAUGAUCACAGGGGACAACAAGGGCACGGCCGUGGCCAUCUGCAGACGGAUCGGCAUCUUUGAAGAGGACGAGGACGUGACGAGAAAGGCCUAUACAGGCCGCGAGUUUGACGAUCUACCGCAGGAGGUGCAGAGAGACGCCGUCAAACGGGCACGGUGCUUUGCCCGCGUGGAGCCGGCUCACAAGUCCAAGAUCGUUGGAUACCUGCAGUCGUUUGACGAGAUUACAGCCAUGACAGGUGAUGGUGUGAACGAUGCCCCGGCCUUGAAGAAGGCAGAGAUCGGCAUCGCCAUGGGAUCCGGUACAGCUGUGGCAAAGUCAGCGUCUGAGAUGGUGCUGUCUGACGACAACUUCUCCACCAUCGUAGCUGCUGUGGAGGAGGGCAGAGCCAUCUACAACAACAUGAAGCAGUUCAUCAGAUACCUCAUCUCCUCAAACGUGGGAGAAGUCGUGUGCAUCUUCCUGACAGCCAUCCUGGGUCUGCCUGAGGCUUUGAUUCCAGUCCAGCUGCUGUGGGUUAACCUGGUGACUGAUGGCCUGCCUGCCACCGCCCUGGGCUUCAACCCCCCAGAUUUGGACAUCAUGGAUAAACCACCCCGCAACCCUAAGGAGCCACUCAUCUCUGGCUGGCUCUUCUUUAGAUACCUGGCCAUUGGAGGAUAUGUGGGUCUGGGAACAGUGAGUGCAGCCACAUGGUGGUACCUGUUUGAUGAGGAGGGCCCACAAGUGUCUUUCUAUCAGCUGCGACAUUUCAUGCAGUGCACUGAGGACAACCCCAUGUUCAAAGAAAUAGACUGCGAGGUGUUUGAAUCUCGCUACCCCACAACCAUGGCGCUGUCUGUGCUGGUCACCAUCGAAAUGUUCAACGCGCUCAACAGUUUGUCUGAGAACCAGUCCCUGCUUAGGAUGCCUCCCUGGGUCAAUAUUUGGUUGCUGGGAGCAAUCAUCCUCUCCCUCUCCCUCCACUUCUUAAUCCUCUACGUUGAGCCUCUGCCACUCAUCUUCCAGGUGACCCCUCUGCGUUGGUCCCAGUGGAUUGUGGUCCUGAAGAUUUCCUUCCCAGUCAUCCUACUGGAUGAGGCUUUGAAAUAUUUAUCCAGGAACCAUCUGGAAGCCUAAACUCUUUUAAUCUCACCUUCUGUAAAAAGGUGAUGAGGAGAAGAAGUAUCGGAGGAGAUGGCAGCUGAACUAAGACCUCUCCCUCAACACACUCACACAGUUAGACACACAGCUACCCUCUUCCCAUUUUUGAGCUAGGAAACGUUUCUCUCCCCUGCCCUCGUUCCCCACUUCUGCAUGUCCAACAAACCACCACUAGAAAUGAGGGGUGGCUUGCAUGAGAAUGAGUGUGAGAAAGCGAGAGCGCUUGUGCUCCUGCAAGCAUGGCUUUGUGCGAGUGCUGCGUGUGUGUGUGUGUGUGUGUGUGUGUGUGUGUGUGUGUGUGAGG